AUGGUAGAAGUAUCGUUAACCGUUGGGAAACUUGAUGCUUCAUUAGCAUUAUUGUUGACGAAAGAUCAUCAUCUAAUUGAAUUUCCAACGAUUUUAUUACCUAAUGGGGUCAGAGCAGGGUCAAUUGUUAAAAUCAAAUGUGACCAGGAUUUAGAAGGAGAAAAGCAAGAGCAAAAAGAGUUCCACAAGAUACAAGAUGAGAUAUUGACAACUUUUGGUACAAACUUACCGAGUGCUCCUAAUUUAAAAGUUAAGAAUGUUACUCAGACUUCGUGUGUAUUAGAAUGGGAUACCUUGGAGUUGGGAACAGCCAAUUUGAAAAACUUGAUUCUUUUCAAGGAUGGUAAAAAAUUGGGAGCUAUUCCACAGCCUUUGACCAGUAAGACGACAAAGUUAUCAGGAUUAUCGAUCGAUCAAACAUUCCAAUUUCAAUUGAGAUUGGACACAACGGCAGGUAUCUAUCUGUCGGAAGCGGUUGAAGUCACUACACACAAGAUGACAGAUUUAUCUGGUAUCACUGUUUGUUUGGGUGAUAUAAGCGCUAAUGACCAAUUCACUGUGGAAGAUAUUGAAAAUACAUUAAAGAAUAUGGGUGCUAAUUAUCCACCACAAGACAAAAUCAAGGUUGAUACUACUCACUAUAUUUGUACUAGAGAAAACAAACAGAAUUCAGAAUAUUUGAAAGCAUUUGACAUGAAUAUUCCAAUCAUUAGACCUGAAUGGUUGAAAGCUUGUGAAAGAGAAAGAAGAAUCGUUGGUGUAAGAGACUUCUAUGUCAAGGAUUGUGUAUUGCCAGAUAUAUUAGCUAGAAACUAUUGGCAAAAGGGAACCACUCAAAGUAAUUCAACUACUACAGAAGAACCAAAGCCAGAACCUCAAGAUGAAAAGACGGAACAAGAUAAGCCAGUUACUGAGACCCCUGUAGUUGUUGUGGAUGAAGCUGAUAACAACAAAAGUGAGGGAGAAGAAAAACCUGCGGAAGAAACUAAUGUGCCAGAUACAGAGCAAGAAGCUAAAGAUGUUGAAUCUGAGGCUACUACUGAAACUGCCAAUGAUCAGCUUGAAGAAGUCAAGAUUGCUGGUUCUAAUGAUGUGAAGGUUGAUGAUAAAGUUGAUACUGAAACUCAAAAAGAAGAGUCAGGAUCGAGCGUGCCUCAAGAUGCAGUUGAUGCAAAUGCAAUAGAGUCUAAUGUAGAAUCUGAAACUGAGAAUAAAGAACCUAAAGUGGAAGCAACAACAGAAGCAAAAGAGGCUUUAGAAGUUUCACCACCACCGAAAGAAAAGGAAGUUGAUACUUCCAAGAUAGAGGCUAAAGAUGCAGACAAUGAUUCAAAUGAAAAAGAACCAACUAUGGAUGAAAUUAAGUUAGAUGAAAAGGAAACGCAAAUAAUUGAUGAACCUAAUACCGAAAAUAAAGAAGCAGAGACUUCAGAGAAGAUUGAAUCUACUGAGAAAGAAGAAUCGGCGGAACCUGGAAAUACCGAAAAUGAAGGUGAAGGUGAAGGUGAAGGUGAGGGUGAGGGUGAAGGUGAUGAAACAGCAGGUCAGGAAGAUUCGAAUAACGCCUCUACUACAACAAACAAGAAGAAGAAGAAGAACAAUAAGAAGAAAAAUAAGAAGAAAUAG